AUGGCGGGAAUCUAUACAAAGCUCGAUUCUCAGGUAGACCUGCACGGAUUCACAGAUGCGGACGGAGAGGCAAAGACAGAGUCCUCAUCUGCGGAAAUGCCGGUCGAAGAAUCAAACAAAUCAGACGCGGCUGCGCGUGAUGGAAAGUCUACUAUACACACCCGGUCGGCGUGGUCGCUUUGGAAAUGGGAAAUCUUCUCUAUUAUCCUUGGCGGCGCCGUCAUUGCAGCUAUUUUCAUCCUUCUGCGCAUCUACGAGAACAAAGCUCUUUCUGAAUGGAGGGCUCCUAUCUCUAUCAACACUGUUGUGGCAAUUCUAACCGCCCUUUUCAAGGGAGUGCUGGCUGUGCCUAUUUCGAGCGGAUUGGGUCACAUAAAGUGGCUUCUGUUCUCGAAACGGGAUCGAAGUCUGGCUGACCUGGAUAAGUACGACAAGGCGAGCCAUGGUGCGUGGGGCUCCGCCAUACUUAUCUUUAACCAGUUCCGUGGACGAAGCGUGUCACUUGUCGCUAGUUUUGGUGCCGCUCUCGCCAUUCUCUCCCUGGCAAUCGAUUCUUUUUCUCAAGCAUCCGUCUCGAUUACUACGUGUGUACGAACUCUUCCGAAUUCGGCGUAUAUUCCUCGCGUAAACCAUGCAAGAGAUACAACAGCAGGCCAACUUAGGCAUAAAGCGCGCUAUCUUUCGACUGAUAUGCAAUUUGCCAUACUCGCAGGCGUCUAUUCACCACCGGCAAACAGCUCUGUUAGCACCGAUGUUACUUGCUCCACGGGAAACUGCACAUUCCCUGUUCCAUUUACCACACUCGACAUGUGCCAUUCUUGUUCGGACAUUUCUAAUCAGGUGAUGAAGCUUGAACACAAUACAUGGCUCUUGCCUGGCUACGGAUCGAUGAUAAGAACAAACUACUCUGACUGGUACGGGAUGCAUUUGGUCAAUAUGACAACCUCUAAAAAUAUAACGGGUCCCGAAAAGCCGAGGACUAGCCUGUUUGAUUUUCAGAUAUUGGCUGUGAAAUGCAAUGGGUCAGAUGACUGUAGAGAUGAUGGGAAGGGAACGACACAUGCAGGUAUAGCCUUUGAAUGUAGCCUCACGCCUUGUGUCCGGACCUAUAUGGCCAAUAUGACAAAUCAUGUAUAUGCAGAACAUGAAGUCAUAUCUAGGAGACAAUUUCUACAUCCCUCGGUAAAUCCUGUUGUUGGUUUCAAUGUCCUCAAGUACUUCCAACUUGGGGUGAAUCGGACAUUCUAUAAUGGCAACUGGAUCGACUGUAACGCAUCUAAGAGCAAAACAGAGACGCACACGACUGACAUAUUCUCAUAUAAGAGCUAUACGGAAUACCUUCACGAGAAUUCCACUUAUCGUGAGGACCCUCUUUAUUACCGCCCAGAAUGCACCUUUCAGGUUGGCGAUGACGAGGUAUAUACAAUGAGGGCAUUCGCCGACAACUUGUUCAGCAAGGCAACGGUGCUUUUACCAUAUCGCCUAUCACUUUUCGGAGAGGCCUGGAUACAGAAGCUCUGGGACUGGGGGCGGAUGGAUUUUUCUACAGUCGACGCAUUUGCCAAGGGUCUUGCGACAUCCAUAGGCGCAAAUUGGCGAAGGAACCCAGAAACUCUCGGCAUCGAAUAUGUAGAGGGCCAUACACAUCUAACAGAGCCUUGCAUAAAAGUUAGCUGGGGCUUCCUCUUUUUUCUAGCAAUCUUGGUUAUCGCAGAAUCCCUCUUCCUCGUUAUCAUCGUCAUAAUCAGCCACCGCAGCCCGUGGAAGGGAGACUGGAAAUCGUCUAUUCUGCCCUACUUGUUUCAAAAAAUUACACUGCCGAACUUGACUGACAAACAAACUGAGUCGGAUCUGAAGAAAGCUGCGGAAGGUGUUAGGGCGACUUUUGAGCCGGUGGAUGGACGUUGGACCUUGACCACGGGCUAG